UCUCCUCCUCCGAAAAGUCCAAGUCUUUGCGUCCAAACUGGAUGGUUUUUACGCUUUGCUUCUUUCUUUGAAAGCUCUCACGUCUUUGCCCACCUCAUUCCUCGACAGUCAACCCAAAGAACGAGUCUAACUUCCUCUCCAAUUUCUCUUUCUACUACCCUAUUUAAACCUCCUUCAUUCAUCACCCUCAAAACCCUGGCUACUUUUUUAGCGCGGGAUUUGGACAAUUCUGAGAGAAACCCCGUUUGGGUUUUGGCCUAUUUAUUUUUUUAUUUAUUUAUUUUUUGUGAGUUCACAGCUUUUGUGGAUUCUGAAUCUUUCUGGGAUUUCAACUGAAUCCUUGGCUAAUACAGUAAUUGGGGUCUCAGAAAAACAAAAGAAGAAGUUUGGUAAACAAGCAUGGAUUACUCGUCUGAUCCAAAAUUGGAUGACUCGGGAGUCGUAGAGCUUACCGGGAAGAUAAUGGUGGUAGCCAUAAUAGUGCUCUUCUUCGUCGUGGUGUUCGUCCUCUUUCUCCAUCUCUACGCCAAAUGGUUCUGGUGGCGCAUUGACGAAGCAGCCCCUAAUCCUCCUCGCCGCCGCCGCCGCCGCUUCGUCUUCGCCCCCGGCCAAGACCCGGCAAUCGCCGCCACCCUGAGAAGAGGGCUCGAGCCCUCUGUCCUCCGCUCGCUUCCCGUGUUGAUAUUCGAUCCACAAGCCUUCAAAGAUGGGUUGGAGUGCGCGGUUUGCCUAUCUGAGCUUGUGCAGGGAGAGAAAGCUCGGCUGCUUCCCAAAUGCAAUCAUGGAUUUCAUGUAGAUUGCAUUGACAUGUGGUUCCAGUCCCACUCCACCUGCCCGCUUUGCCGGAACCCGGUUGCUCCUGAAAGCUCAAUCUCCGACACUAGUACUGCUGAGGUAGCAGAGGAUGUUGAUUCACCAGGAGAGAAUUUGGUUUCUGGGUUUUCCACAGAAUCUCCGAAUUUCCCCACAAACGUGUUGUUUUGGGGAAACCAGACUCAGGUGAGUUCUGGGGGUGCUUGUUUGGAAGAAGGCCCUUCUUCUCAAUGCCCUCCUUGUCCGUCGUCGUCUUCGUCAUCAUCGGUGCCGGCGGAUGGAAUGUUGGUGAUUGAUAUACCAAGGCAGUUGACUGACAACUUGCCAUCGGUAUCCCCUUCGGCUAGCAGGUUUUCCGAGGAGGAAUCAAAGUCGCCGGUGACUACGAGACUCAGGUCAUUGAAGAGGCUUUUGAGCAGGGAUAGAAGAGCAAGUCCUUGCAGUCCCGGUUCUGUUGAUGUUGAACAAGCAGCAGGGAGAGGACAGAGCUAGAAAGCAAGCUCCUAAUUAGAUUGAACAUAUUGGAUAGUAUAGAAUAUAGAUGAGAACUCAGUGCAAGAUUAUCGGAAUAAUUGAUUCCGGUAAUGAGAAAUUGUUACUUGGAAGUUCCUCAUGUUCAUGUCGGGUUCUACCAUCCCUGAGAAUUGCUACUUCUUUUGAGGGAGAAUUAAAACUCCCCAUGUUUUUUUUUUUUUUUUUUUUUUUCUCAAUUUUCUUUUAUUUUUGAUCUUGACAUAGAUAACUAAGAGCUCGAGGUUGAAAUCUCCACAAUCUGACUCUCUGGUUAUGCAGAAAGGUUGUAUAUCUGUUCUUGAGACAGAAUUGAACAGUUACUUGAAAUGUCAAAUAUUGUAUGAAAGUAAGUAAAAUAGGCUUCGCUGUGUUAAAGAGGGUGGGGAAAUCCAUCUUCUAAACCAGUUGUAUUAUUUUGCA